AUGGCACGUGAAGUCAGGCGAGGAAGAAGGCAGGCGGGGAACGCGCAGAGUCAAGGGAGGGAGACGACGAAGCAGGACCAAGACGUGAAGCGAUCCAAGAGAAAGCCGAACAGUGCGGAGAGAGUUGAUGGCACAUCAAGAAAGCAGCAGAGAAAAUCAGGAAAUUCAUCCAUUGCCAGAAAGUCACGCAAUGCUGCGGUCAUGAGUCCGUACAAACGAGGGAUGAAGGAGGAUGAAGAUGGGGCUCGCUACGAAGGUCGUUUCAAAGAUGGGAUGCUGGAAGGGCGAGGAACCAUCUAUUUCCCGGACGGGGGAUGGCAACAGGGUAUCUGGAGGGAUGGGCAGAUGGAGGGAGAGGGGGAAUACGUAGACGAUGAGGGUUACAGGAUACACGGCUGCUGGAAAGAUGGAUUACUGAACGGACCUGGGCAAGAAGUUGCUCCUGGGGGAUUUCUUGUCUACCAGGGAGAAUUCAAGGACGGUGUCAGAAAUGGGAUGGGGACGUUGAACUUUCUGGAUGGUGGACGGGUGUACGGCUCGUGGGUCAACGGAGAGCUUCAUGGUCAGGCUGAAUACUGGUAUCCAGAUGGAAAAUCAGGAUUGAAUGGAGUGUGGAAGCAUGGAGACAUGAAAGAGGCAAAGUACUUCGGAAAGACUCCAGAUUCUCCUCCUCUUCACUGGCCAGAAAAGGACUGGCGGUCGCUGAUCUACUGCUGCGACGAAUCCACACAAGAAAGCAUUUCUUCCAGUCCUCUGCUGCCCGAUCCCUACGAGGCUGAGCGAUGCAGGGUUGGUACGUCAAGCCUGUGCGGUACCAAGGAUGAGGGGGUGGCAGGCGGAAACGAAGCGGGAGAAGGGUUGUUUCUGAGAACAAGCGCACAAGAGGGAGAGCUCUUGUCAUUCUACAACGGCAUCCGGUACCCUCAUGCUGUGGUGGACAAGAGAGCUUGGAAAAUGAAUGGGAAUUGUAUCUCUUUGGACGAGGAGUUUGCCAUCGACGUCCCUCCGGAGCACUCGAGCAUCGACCGAUACUGCGCGAGUCUGGGCCACAAGGCUAAUCACAGUUUCCAACCCAACGCCGAGUACGCGCCAUGUUUUCACCCUCGCUUUGGGCACAUUAAAUGCAUACGGGCGCUUCGGAGAAUGGAGGCGGGUGAAGAAGUCCUUGUGCACUACGGAUACACCAACCAGAUGCCCAGGUGGUACCUCCAGAUCAAACGAGCACAUGAGGUCAUUCGUUGA